AUGGGGAGGAGAGGAGCCCGCGCGCACGCGUCCAGGCGAGAGUGGGAGACCCCCCCUCAGGCUCCGCUUGUCCUCGGGCGUGCUCCUCUUCUUACUCAUACGCAUGCGCUCUUGCAAAUCCGUUGGACUGCUCUCUCACUGGCGCAGCGGUAUUUUCCACCUGUGCAGUCGCGCAAACUGCAUGCACUGCUCGGCGCACCCCGAGAUGCCGCCCGCGGCGCCCCAGAGACGCCGCGCCCCCGGCCGCCCCUAGCCCUCGCCUCUCUGGCACUCUUCCCUCGAGGCUCCGGAUGGCUCGUGCCCUGCAGGCCCCGCGAGUCCGCCUCGCCUGCCGUGCACCCCCCACGGCUGCGAGAGUGUCCUUUGAUUGCUAAUCCUCAGACCCCUGCCCUCGUGCCACAGACUCUGAGCUUCCGACCCGCUUCCUGCGCGGGCUUGCCACGAGUGCACGCCCACACCGCGCAGGCUUGCGCACGCGCGCCGCUGGUGACCGCCUCGCCGCCCUCUACUUUUUAUCCUGGCGGAAAAAGUGUGGCCCAGGCGCGCUCUGGAAGAGCGACCUGGCGGCGUGCAGAGCCACUGCCUUCGGCAGGUUCUUCCCCGACGGUCGGGGCCGUUCCGUCUCUACCUCCACCUCCACAGGGACGAAUCCUUUCCCCCCCCCUCCCCCCUCCCUCUCUUCGCCUGGAGCCCACUCCGUCGGCUGCCCCGGCGCGGCUGCGGCCGCGCAGAGGAGGCCCGCACCCCUCGAGGCAUCCGAGAGCGCACGGCGCGGUUGGCGCCCUCGGGGAUCGCAGGGGCGGGGGAGGCACCUCUGGCGCCGCCUGUGCGCGUCGGCCAGCGAACACUCGAAGGAGACAACAAUUACUGCCUAAACAUAACUGUCGUAGGUCCGCACAGAUACCUUGGAUCUGCGCUGGACCUCCUGGCGGCGCCCCUGGCGCGCUCCGCGCGCCAGGGAGGGUGGUCCAGCGCCGUUUCAGGAAAUUCGCGCGGACCCCCGAGACGUGCAUGUGUCUGCCAUGUUUCCCUCUAGCUGCGCCCGCUGUGUGCGAGGGCGUCCGCGAUGAACCCCCGCCUCCAGACCUCCGGCAGCCCGCCACCCUCCCCGCCUUCGGUGGCGCCCCUCGCCGCCGCUCUGAGGGCUGA